AUGGCAGAGGAUAAGAGUUUAUUGGGUUCACCAAGUGAAUGUAUCUUUAUAUCACUCAUUGCUGCACGCCAUCAGGCUAUUAAAGCAUUGAUGGUUGAUAAAAAGAAGGAUGAAAUAGUAGAAAGCUGUAAAAUUCUGAGUAAGCUUGUAGCUUAUACAUCAAAAGAAUCUUGCCCAAGUAUUGAAAAAGCAGCCAAACUCUCUUAUGUGAGACUACGUCUCUUGAAUGUUGACAAGAAUAAUUGUCUUCGAGGUGACAUAUUAAAGAAGGCAAUAGAAGCUGAUAUAAGGGAAGGGUUUGUUCCAUUCUACGUAGCUGCAACACUUGGUACAACCACAGUGUGCUCAUUUGAUAAUGUAAAGGAAAUUGCUCAAGUCUGUAGUGACUACUCUCUUAUCUGGCUCCAUGUAGAUGCAGCAUAUGCAGGCAAUGCUUUUAUUUGCCCAGAAUUUAGAUAUUUGAUGAGUGGUAUCGAAUUUGCACGAUCAAUAAAUGUCUGUCCCAGCACGUGGUUUCUAGUCAAUUUUGACUGUUCAUGCCUAUGGGUCCAGAACUAUCAACACCUUAUUGAAUCACUGGCAGUAAACAAAUUGUAUUUGCAAGAUGACUGGGAAGAUGAAACUGUAGAAUUUCGUCAGUGGGCAAUAGUACUUGAUUAUUGA